AUGGCUUCAAAAGAUUAUUGUCCUGUUCCACCUCUAGUUUUCACUGGAGAAAAUUAUCAAUCAUGGGUAGUUAAAAUGACUGCUUAUCUACAAUCAUGGGAUCUUUGGGAAGUAGAAGAUGAAGACCUUGAAAUUGAUCAACUGCCUGAUAAUCAAACUAUGCAGCAGAUUAAAACACACAAGGAGAAAACUACAAAGAAAUUUAAGGCCAAGACAUGUUUGUAUUCAGCUGUGUCUGAAUCACUUUUUACCAGGAUUAUGAACUUGGAGACUGCCUUUCACAUCUGGAAGUGCCUCAAGACAGAGUUUCAAGGUAUUGCGCAUACCAAAAGCAUGUGUAUCUUGAAUCUCAGAAGGGCACUUGAACUACAAAAGAUGAAAGACUCUGCAACUGUGAAAGAGUAUGUUGAUAGGUUGUUGGAUAUUAUCAACAAGCUUAAGCUUCUUGGUGAAAAUAUUCCAGAUAGCAGAAUUGUUGAGAAGAUUCUGGUAACAUUACCAGAAAGAUUUGAAGCCAAAAUUUAUGCACUAAAGGAGGUUCGUGACCUUGCAGAAAUUUCCUUGGCUAAGUUGCUAAACGCUCUUCAUGCACAAGAGCAAAGAAGGCAGAUUAGAGAAGAUGGUUCAAUUGAAGGUGCAAUGCAAGCCAAGUUGCAACUUAAGGACUCUUGGAAAAAUAAGAAAAAAAAGGGAAAUAAGAGCAAAGACAAUCCAGGUGUAGGUGUUGGAAGCAUAUCUUUUCUUGGAGCAAGCAACAAUGGUGCAACAGGAAACAAAGGAAGAAAAUAUCACCCUUGUCAACAUUGUGGCAGAACCAAUCAUCCUCAUUUUAGAUGUUGGAGCAGACCUGAUGCAAAAUGCAACACACGCAACCAAAUGGGGCAUAUUGACAAAAUUUGCAAAAAUAAAGGCAAGCAGAUAGUGAAUGAGGCUCAAGCUGUGAAUCAGGAGGAGGAAGAAUAA